AAUAAAAUAAUUUUUAACAAAAACAUCCACAUUUGAACAGUUUGGAAAGCUUUUAUCGGCAUAACAAAGUCCAUCAAACCGCCAAUUCCGUGCUUAUCACUGUUGUGGAAAAUUUGGCAAGUACAUUCUUAUCUUUAACGCCGCGUUUGCGACUCCACAACAUUAAAAAAAACAAAACUCACCCACACAUACACACACCUUGGCCUAGUUCACUGCUCAUCAAUCAUCUUGACCCAAUGUGGAGAUUCAAUUUGUCCACACUGCUUUAUGACAAGACAUUGUGUGUGUGUGUGUGUGUGUGUGUGUGUGUGUGUGUGUGUGUGUGUGUGUGUGUGUGUGUGUGUGUGUGUGUGUGUGUGUGUGUGUGUGUGUGUGUGUGUGUGUGUGUGUGUGUGUGUGUGUGUGUGUGUGUGUGUGUGUGUGAGUGAGUUAGUGUGAGUUAGUGUGUGUGUGAGUUAGUGUGUGUGUGAGUUACUCAUUAACUCACCUGACAGCACCGAAACUCCCCGGGAACAAACUAUGACCUUUGGUGUCAAAGAGGUGAUCGAGGGUGUCCAAGAUAAGAUGAACAUCCCAAAACAUUUUUUAAAAAUCAUACAGUAUUAAUAAUUAAAUAUUAAUUUGCGUCACUUCCACUUUUUAUUGGGUAAUGCAUAUUGCAAUUUAUGUUACGGUUAAUUAUACACUCAAAUUACAUAAGUCAAUAGUCCAUGUUCAUCCUCCCUCACUUUUACAUGAGUAUGUAAAAAAGUUAUUGGAUUUUUUUUUCUGUCCUUUACAAGUAAUCAAAUCAAUAAUAAAGAGGACAACAUAAAGUGAUGCAAAGACAACAAGACGGCGGUAAAAAUUACGCCAUAAAAACAAAUAUUUAUGAUGGAUCAAUCAAAACGAUGCCAUGUGCAAUAAGUCAGAUUUAUUUUAUUGGUGGACAGGAGUUAGUCCAUUUUUUGGUAUGGUCUGAAUAACGGCUUUAAUAUGUAGAAAGCUGAAAUCAUUCAUUUUUGGGGAAUUGCAUGUGGACUAUUCACAGCUUCCAUCUUGACCUCUAUCCGUAAAAACGUGAGCUUAUGUGUUUUAUCUAAAUGGUGUCAACUUAGCAGACUAUCAGUGUGAGAGAGUUGUUAUCAGAAAGCUAAUUUAUCAACACACAAACCAUAUUGGGUAACUUACACCUUUUUGUUAUUGGAUUUCCUCUUCCUGAAUUAAAGCCUGCUGUGCAAAUACACUUGUAAGUCAUAUCUUAAUAGAUUUCCUCCGCCUUGUGUCAUUAAAUAAAGUAAAUGUUAUUUGUACGAUGAUGCAGUGCAUCAAGUAGUACCCGAGCAAGACUGUUUGUAAAGCUUCUGUAUUGGGUUGGAAUGGGUGUACCGGAUGAAGGAGAGGGCAUACACAAAGUUUAGAAAAACAGCAAAAAGAGUCAAAAACAAACAACAUAAAAAACAAAAAGAUGCUAAGUGAAAACACUAAGUAAACAGAUGUGGGGGGGAAAAAAACAUUCAUAAAGACUCGAAAAAGGAAAACUAAAUAUAAAGACAAAGUAUAAAAAAGUAAAAAGGGCAUGUGUGGCAAAGAUGACCAUUGGACUUUGCGUGAUAAACACCUGUUGCGAUUCACGGGUGUAAAAUGGAAUCAGAUAUGCGGUUUGUAUGUGCAGGGAAAAAAGAAGGGGGGUUGAAGUGGGCGGAGAGAGCGGGUGGUAUAUAUCAACGUUUUAUCACACCACUUUUAACAUUCGGCAAAAACUUAUUGACACGAUACACGCCUGCCUCCAUUACCUCCGAUGCUUUGAUUUGUGCUACGGCUUGGAUACGAAGACUUGACGGGCCUCAGUGGUGACAGGCACGGUCAUGGAUCCCAUUGUGGAAGUAGUAGCUCUGAUCCUGGGCUUCAUCGGCUGGGUGAUGGUGGGGGUCGCCUUACCCAACCGCUACUGGAAGACGUCCACUGUGGAUGGGAACGUCAUCACCACGUCUACCAUCUAUGAAAACCUGUGGAUGUCCUGUGCCACCGACUCCACGGGCGUUCACAACUGUCGUGAAUUUCCAUCUCUGCUGGCUUUGAAUGGUUACAUCCAGGCGUCGCGGGCCUUGAUGAUUGCAUCCGUGGCAAUGGGCACCUUCGGACUGGUGGCGGCCCUCAUUGGCUUACAGUGCUCCAAAGCUGGGGGAGACAACUACGUCUUGAAGGGAAGGAUAGCUGGCACCGCCGGAGUCCUAUUUAUCCUUCAAGGUCAGGUGACACUAGAGAGUGUUAAGAAGUUGCUUUGCAGGAAUAACAAGCAUCAAGAUUAUGACGUGAUAAAAAGGGUUAUGGAUUAUAAAAUUUGUAUUUUAUUGCAUAUACAAAUCAAUGUUUGGCUUCCAGCGAGACUUUGGACUUGUAAGUCAGUGGCUGCCACUGCUUCCUUAAUCAUUAAAGGAGACGUUUGCUCCACAAUAGGCUUGUGUACAAUGGUCGCCGUGUCUUGGUACGCCUUCAAUAUCACCCAGGAAUUCUUUGACCCUUUCUACCCCGGCACCAGGUACGAAAUAGGUGAGGCGCUUUACAUUGGCUGGUGCUCGGCUGUGCUCGCCAUCGCUGGAGGGGCGUGUCUGACUUGCUCCUGCAGGACAGCCACGGAGGAAAAGUACCCUUUCCCCCAAACAAGAGGAACCGCAUACUCUGGACCGGCCCGGACCAGAAGUGUGAUUGCCAGCACUUACGGUCGAAAUGCGUAUGUUUGAACAGAAGCAUUGGCAUCUCAUCUUUUUAUUUUUAUACUCAUAAAAAAUUUUUUGUAGGUAUGCAAUAAUGUGUAAAAUAAUAUUUUUCAUUUUGUACAUUCCUCAAAUUGUUAUUUAUAUUCACAUGUCAAGUAUUCACAAACAAUCUUUGAUUUCAAUGUGUGUGUGUGUGUGUGUGUGUGUGUGUGUGUGUGUGUGUGUGUGUGUGUUUUAUACAGGCUUUUUAUGGAUUUUUUUUUUUUUUUUUACAAUGUGCGGAACAAAUGUAUAUAUGUGGCCACUUUUAUGAUGAAUAUUUGAGUAAAAUAG